ACCACAUCAUUCAUCUCUCUCUCUCUCCAAUUGCCUAGGAUUUUAUGCUUUUACCUGGAUUGAUUAUUAGUAUUAUAAUUUGUACAUAAACAUGUUUGUUAGUGUGUUAUUUGUUAGUGUCGUUUUCGGUCUUGGACCAGAUUUAUGGAAUCAAGAAUUGUUUUCUUUAUGUUGGAGUGGGAUAAAGUAAUGAUCUUUGUAUGGAGAUGUGGAUUUCUUGGUAUAAUUGUUUCAGAAACUACUUUUUUUAUUUGAUUCUUUUGUUUUAGGUGAGAGUAUAAGUACUGUGUCUUUGAGUAUAGGUGGCCAUUUGAGAUGCCUUUAGUGAGGCUGAUAAUGAGGGAGGAUGCGUCCUCUCUCUCUCUCUCUCUCUCUCUCCUGCAUCGAAGUUGCUUUAGCGUAGUGUUCCGAGAAUAAGACUUGAAGCCUAUUUUUUGUAACUAAAACAAUAUCGUUGCAGUGAAUAAAGAUCAGCAGCCACUAUAUUAUUAUGAGGCAGCCCUCUCUCUCUCAAAGCGAUAGCCAUAGAGGAGGAGCUAUGGCUGCUGCUCUUGUCCUGCUGCUGCCCCUUCUUCUUCCGAGCAUAUUCACCCCUUUGAGCCACGCCUUUCCCUCCCUUCUCUCGGAGUGGAAUGCUCCUAAACCUAGACACUCUCACUUGCUUAAGAGUGCUUUGCAGCGCCAAAGUGUGAAUAGACAACUAGCUGACCUAUGGAUGCCGCUGCCUCAACAACCAUUGAAACGCUGCAUCCGAUCAGAUGGUAUCUCUACAGCAUUGCCAGAGAAAUCUCAGGGAUAUAUUCAGGUGUUCCUUGAUGGAGGGCUAAAUCAGCAGAGAAUGGGAAUUUGUGAUGCAGUUGCUGUAGCCAAAAUUUUGAAUGCAACUCUCAUAAUUCCAUAUCUUGAAGUAAAUCCUGUCUGGAAAGAUUCAAGCACAUUCACGGAUAUAUAUGAUGUGGAUCACUUCAUUAACGUGCUGAAAGAUGACGUAUCUAUUGUUAGAGAGUUACCUGCUGAAUAUUUUUGGAGUACGCGGGAGUAUUACGCUACAGCAAUUCGAGCUACCAGGAUUAAAACAGCACCUGUUCAUGCUUCCACAAACUGGUAUCUGGAGAAUGUUUCACCUGUCUUGGAGAGUUAUGGAAUUGCUGCAAUUGCACCAUUUUCUCACCGUCUGGCCUUCGACAAUAUGCCUGAGGAGAUCCAACGACUACGAUGCAAAGUCAACUUUCAGGCUUUGGUUUUUGUUCCUCAUAUCAGAGCUCUUGGGGAUUCUCUUGUAAGUCAUCUCAGGAAUUCUCCUAGUUCAAGUGGUACAGAUGGCACCAACUACAUACAGAAAGUAACCGACGCUAAAGGCUGGCAAGGGACUGGAAAGUUUGUUGUUCUCCAUCUUCGUUUUGACAAGGACAUGGCCGCCCACUCGGCAUGUGACUUUGGUGGAGGCAAGGCUGAGAAGUUGGCUCUGGCCAAGUACCGACAGGUUAUUUGGCAGGGAAGGGUGUUAAAUUCUCAAUUCACUGACGAGGAGUUAAGGAGUCGAGGGCGGUGCCCAUUGACUCCGGAAGAGAUUGGAUUGCUGCUGGCAGCUUUGGGAUUCGACAACAGUACACGCUUGUAUCUAGCAUCCCAUAAGGUAUAUGGAGGGGAAGCUAGGAUCUCAACGUUGUGGAGUUUGUUUCCACUUAUGGAGGACAAAAAGAGCCUGGCAUCAUCAGAAGAAAGAGCUCAGAUUAAAGGAAAGGCUUCAUUGUUAGCAGCAGUUGAUUACUAUGUCAGCAUGCAUAGUGAUAUCUUUAUUUCUGCUUCGCCAGGAAAUAUGCAUAAUGCUGUUGUGGGGCAUCGAACAUAUGAAAACAAGAAGACCAUAAGGCCAAACAUGGCGUUGCUAGGGCAGCUUUUCUUGAACAAGAGCCUGAGUUGGCCGGAGUUUGAAGAAGCUGUCGUUGGAGGGCACAAGAACAGGCAAGGACAGCUGAGGUUACGCAAACCUACACAGUCCAUAUACACUUACCCCGCUCCUGAUUGCAUGUGCAACGCUUGAGGCACCUUACGACUCACUAUAUCAAUCUCGUACUAUUUAUAAAUAAACGACAACCCAUUCUGCAUUUAGUUAUAGAAGAGGGCACGUCACGAACUGCACAGUCACUCCGCGAUAGAUUCAUUUGAGGGUUGUAAAUUAUGUAUUCGAGUUUAAAUUAUAGCAGAUUCUUGUGUAGCAGAUGCUGGUGUGGUGGUGUAACAUACAACUUUAUUGAAUCUAAUCCCUCAUUAUUUUAUCUGUCA